AUGACCGUCGUCUCUUUAGGAUUUGAGUUUGGCUAUUCUAUGGAGCAUCCAGACACGCUGAGCAUAUGGGAGGCGCAGUUCGGAGAUUUCAGCAACGGCGCGCAGAUUAUCACGGAUCAGUUUAUUGCCUCUGCAGAAGUCAAGUGGAAUCGGCAGAACGGCCUUGUGCUGCUCCUGCCACACGGCUAUGACGGACAGGGGCCUGAGCAUUCCUCUGCACGCAUCGAGCGCUUUCUGCAACUUUGCGAUGACAGAGAGGACGUAAUUCACGAAGAGAACUGGGAGCUUUCUCGGUCGUCCGUCAUUCAGCAGCACAACAUUCAGGUUCGACGACUUGUGUGUGAUGUAUGUAUGUGUAUAGAUACAUUUGUAGUAGUCCCCACAGUGCCUUCCAACACUUUCCACGUGCUCCGACGUCAAGUUCAUCGCGCCUUCAGAAAACCUUUGGUUGUCUUCUCGCCGAAACGCAUGCUUCGCAUGCGUCAAGCGAUGAGCUCGCUCAUGGAUAUCAUGGAAGGCACCAGAUUCCGAAGGUACAUCCCGGACGAGUCGAUUUCCGAUCCAGCAGCCGUCGAACGCUUGAUUUUGUGCUGUGGUCAAAUUUACUAUGAUCUGCACGCCGAACGCGAGCGCCUCAGGAGCGAAGAGACAGGACCAGACAAUCCAGGGGGGAAAGUUGCUCUCGCCCGCGUUGAGCAGCUGUCGCCUUUUCCCUUCGACUUGGCGAUCAAGGAUCUCCAGAUCUAUCCGAAUCUGAAGUCCGUUGUUUGGGCGCAAGAGGAGCCUAUGAAUCAGGGCGCGUGGUUCUAUACAAGCAAGCGGAUCGAAUCUUGUCUGCGUCACUUGGGUUGCCCCAGCCACAUCGAGCGGCCGCUUUAUGUUGGCAGAGAUGUUAGUGCCACGACGGCUGUUGGUGACAAAGGUCUUCAUGACAAGGAGCUAGCUCAGCUGCUUGGCGACGCCUUCAAUCUGGAAUGCCGUGAAAAUUCGUACCUAAGCAAAUACCUUUCUAGGAGAGUCCAGGCAGAACGUCGGCAGCAGGAGCAGAAGCAGCAGCAGAAGCAGCAGCAACAGCGCGAAGAA